AAGCGAAAGCCUGACGACGUGGGCGAGACACCCGGACCGAUCAAAAAGCUUCGGCUUAGCGGCGAGAGUGUAGAGCUUCAAGUCGGGAAUUUGCUCACGCCCGGUGGUGGGCCGGCUUUAAAGCUUCCGAGACAAGAGGAAGGUGGUGAGGAAGACGAUGAUGUCGCAUCUGAUGGCGAGGACUUCCGGACUUCUUUUGGGGGCGACGCGGACAACUCAGGGACUUUCACAUAUGGCUUGGGCGGCGCAGAUGGUACGGAAUUAUCCGCUUCUGCCCAUCAAGAUGCAGCCAAGGGCGAGACAAACCCCGUUGGCGAUACCCUCGUCGAUGAUAGCGAUCACAGCAACGCCGACCUCUAUGAGAUGCCUUCGCCGAGUCCAAACAAGCAGCCGCCUCAGGCUACCAGCAAUAUCCCCACUCCAGACGCCCCCACUAUUGAGCUGACUUCAGCUACGAAGCGGAAGAUCAGCAUCGAUGACGACGCAGAAGGUUCACCUAGGCCAUCUCAGGUUCCGAGGACUAGGGAGGACCUUGGCCAUGAGCAGACUCUAGCUUUGGAUGACAUGAAUCCGAAGACGGUCGCUGACAAAUCUGCUAUCAUAUUGACACCGGCUACAAAGCGGGUAUUUACCGAAGAUGACGGUGACAUGCCGCCUCGGUCUUCACAGAUGCCACCUAGGUCAUCACGGCU